AUGCAGCUGACAUAUCCUGAUAUUGUCCGAAGGCUCUACGACCUCGAGCGUCUUGCGGAACCGCCCGAGGCGGAGGAGCGCGGUGGGUGCAUGUCGAGCUAUGACCGUCGCUCUCGGUACGACCCGGAUACCGACACCUACAUCGACUGGGAUGCAAAUGACGAUGGCCGAGGCAUCAUCCGCGAGGAGGGAGAAUGGGUCGUCGCUUUCGAGCAAGAAGGCCCAGGAGUCAUCUGGCGAACUUGGUCUGCGAUGCCUGACAUGGGACGCAUCCAGGUCUUCAUCGACGACAGAGAUAAUGAGAAGCCGGUGAUUGACAUGCCUUUCCGAGAUUUCUUUGAUCGGUUUCAAGGCAUGCCGCUCAACUUCCCCUCAAUUGCACCGACCUUGUCACGAGGCCGCAAUUGCUUCAUCCCCAUCCCCUACAACAAGUAUGCACAGAUUCGUCUUGGUCCCGGCUGGGGAGCAUACUAUCACUUCACGUACACCAAGUUCCCUAAAGAUACGAAAGUGCCACGGUUUGAUGGGAAUUUUGACCGAGAGGCUUGUCUAGCGCUCGCCGCUGCUGAUCGCGAACUCGGCCAGCGUGGAUGGUCCGCACUCCCACGAUCCAAAGAUGACACGUUGGAGACCCUCACCGUUACCAUCCCACCUGGCAAGACACAUGCCGUCCGGGAGAUCAUUGGAAACAGGGCUAUUACUGGAAUGCGGGUUGUUCCGUUGGAUCUUCCAGAGUCUCACCAGGAAACUGCUCAAAUCUUACGCGAGCUGGUUUUCCAGAUCAUAUGGGACAACGACAAGACCCCAAGCGUCUGGGCACCACUCGGGGACUUCUUCGGAAGUGUUCCUGGUAUUCAGACCUACCGUUCUUUAACCCAAGGGUCAACGGACGGUGGCGGCUUCUACAGUCACUGGUUCAUGCCGUUCUCCGACCGUGCUCUGCUCAAGAUUACAAACGAUGGGAAGAAAGAGGCAAAACUCUUUUUAACGAUCUGCCACCGUCCGCUGGAAAAGUCUGCAAAGGACAUGCUACGGUUCCACGCCAAGUGGCACCGAGACGCAUUCCUAGAGCGACCCAUCAGCCAAGGGAGAGACAUAGACUGGCCACUCCUUAUCUUGGACGAUGGCCCUGGUCGUUUCUGUGGAGUGCAGAUGCAUGUCUGGAAUCACUGGCAAGAACCAAAAGUGCCGGCCAAAGACUGGUGGUAUGGCGUCGGCGGCGAGAAGUCAAUUGACUGGUGGUGGGGAGAAGGAGAUGAGAAGUUCUUCGUUGACGGUGAAAAGUUCCCGUCGACCUUCGGAACAGGGUCCGAGGACUACGUUGGAUAUGCGUGGGCGGCCGAACCGCCCUUCCCAACCUUCGACAGUGCCUACGCUUGCCAGCCCUACGUGGAACUGGACGCCAAUGGUCACACCUCUGUCUGUCGCUUUCACGUAUGCGACGAUGUACCGUUUCACAAGAGCUUUGAAGCGUACAUCGAGAAGUACAAGCCGAACAAUUGGGGGCCUGGGAAUGACUGUCUGUACGCGGUGGUGGCUUACUGGUAUCAGAGAGCGGGGGGUUCGGAUGCUUACGAGAGUGCGCCUAUGAAAGAUCGCUACGUCGAUCGCCUUGGGCAAUCCGAUCACUCGGGCAAGGCGAAGGAUGGUGGAGAAGACUUAUAA